GAGAACCCACAGAUCCUGCCAGGCGGGGGUGGCACGCGGCUGGUGCAGCGCUAGAUGGGCUUUUUGUCGCAGCCGGCGCUUCAGUGGAACAAGCGCCGGUUAGAGGGGCAGGACAUUUGUUCCAAUCAGCGCGAAAAAGACUGAAACUUACAGAAUCCACAUGCGGUGAGUGAAGCAUCUAUCUACCCAGUGGAACCACAUAGUAGACGAGCUGCUCAAUUUCCGAACUACCUGGUGUGAUUUGGACAGACUGUUUCUUUGCUUUCCUUGGAUCUUGGAGCGCAGCUUUUAUUGGACUCCGUUUUCGUUCGUGACUGCUGCGCGUUGCGUGUUUCUCACCUCCACACCGAAACGCGCUUGGGGCGCAGGCGAUGGGAAGAUGGUGCCCAAAUUUCAACAGGGCUUCCAACCUAGUAACAGCAAUGGCCUCCAACCUAGAAGCGAACCUAACAGCAAGCGUUACUGUAUCAGCUUUGUCCUCCCAUCGCCAUUGGGACGAAGGGUCCACGGAUAUGGUCACGCCACUGCGCAAAACCCGCUUUGCUUUGGAUUUGACUCACGGUCCAAUUGCGCCAGUUUCUCACAAGUUCAAGAGAUGGCCAAUCAUUUUGCCGGAGCACAAGUCGUCGAUUUCCUUAGGAUUGCGGCGUUGUCCCCUCACCGAACCACAAGUCAUCGACCCAAGCUGAACCAUUGCUGUCUCACCAGAACUCACAGGAUGUGUAGAGUGCUCCUGCUUGGUCUUGAGGCCCAAGGCCAGGGCCAUACUGCUGAGC